AUGUCUCAUUUAUUACAAGAACAAAAUUCAAGUGUAAAAUCAAACAUAAAACCGAAACAAACUGUUAAAAGUCCAUUAACAAAAAUUGAAAUCGAAUUUCGAUGGUCUAUUUCAGCAGCUCACAUCGCUUUACAAGAAGAAGCUUCAUUAUUGGCUUUACAUCCAAUCGAUCUCAAUAGUCCUAAGACAAGAUCAGUCUUACCUUCUCAACCUUCAACAGCACGAAGUUCGACAACAAAUCAAUCAUCAUCGUCAACACAAAACCUUUCAUUAUCUUCUCCUCGUUUAUCAAAUGUAAAUAAUAUAAAUAAUACAAAAGAAUUAUCGACAUCAACUGAUCAAAAUAAUAAUGGAAGAAAAACUCCAUUAAUUGUUACAUAUUCACAAUUGCAUCGUGCUCAACAACAUUCACAACCAAUGAAAACAUCACGAACAAGUUUUUCUAUAUCUCCAUCAUUAAAUAAUAAACAAAGGAAUAUUUCUAAUAGAUAUAGUCGUUUACCAUUUUCAUCAAAAUCUACUUCAUUAUCAAAAAUUCAACAACGUUUAGCAAUUAACAAAUAUAAAAAAUAA